AGAGUACGAAAAAGCAAAAGAUUGUUUUAAGCAAGCGAUGAAAUUUUCAAGCAAUGUAAUUGGUGCUAAUGAGGAAAACAUGGAUUUUUCCAUAAAAGCAACGAAAGAUUUAGAUCUCACAGUUGAUACCGUGAAGAAGCAUUAUGUACCUCCCAUUGACGAUGUAAAGAACAAUGAUGAUUUCUUUAUCAAAAAUUUUCUUAACGAACAUAACGAUAUUCGAGAUGAGAUUCUUGACAAAUUAAAGAGUUUUUCUUGGAUUUGUGGUGGAUAUGGUGUACGGUGGAAACCUCGUCUUUCUUUGUUUGUGACUGUAGCAGCAGAAAGACAAAAUGAUGAAGAUGCAUUAAGAAAAGAAAUUGAUGAAACUUUUGGAUGGAAAGCUUCUCAUUACUUUGAAUUUAUACCGGAACCACAGGAGAAAUCGCAAUUUCGUUGGUCAUCAGAUAUAAAAGUCAUAAAAAGGGAGAAAGAUCCAAAUCCCACGAGAGGAAAUAUUGAAGAUGAAUGUGAAACAAAGGCAAAAGGUCUUCCUGAUCACUAUGCCAGUUUUAAAGACGAUUCUAACGAAGAAAGUUCCAUCGAUGUUAACCCGGGUUAUAGUACGUCAAAGAAGUACUCUCGUCAUAAAUCCAAUGAUGAUCGUUUAUUUGAAGAAAUGUUUCUUGAUAAAAGAUUUGCCAUUCGAAAAGAUGUGCGUAUGAAGCUCAAAAGUUUACCUUGGAUGCGGGGAGAGUAUGGAAAAGUCGGUCCAAACGAGAAGAUACCAUAUUUACAUUUGUUUAUCACAGUUGAUUAUAAGAAUGGAGGUUUUGAUGAAGAUGUAUUGAAAAAUGAAAUAAAUAAGAAUUUUGAACCUUAUGCUUUGAGGUAUUUUGAAUUUCGUCCGAAACCUUCCACGAGACCGAAGCUUCAACUGCUAUCAAAGAUUGAAGUAGGAAGUAACAAUCAGACAGUUCCAAGUGGCACAUUAACAAUGUUCUGUUGUCACAACGGGAAACAUUACGCGUUGACAUGUUGCCAUGUGUGUUACAACGGAGAUGGUGUUGACACAUUAUAUGAAAUGCAAAAUCACAACAGAAAUGACCCAAAUCAAUUUGAAUUACAUUUAAAUUCAAAUCAAUACAACUACACAUCACCUCCAAGUCCAUUAGGGCAUUUCAACAGCUAUAAUUUAGAAAAGAAUACGGACAUUUUGUCAAUAAAAGUCAAUGAAAAUGUUCUCGAAGCAAUGGAUUGUAGACGAAGAGGAAUACAAAACCCAACUUGGAAUGGUGUAUGGGAGGAGCUGCACGAACGAGUUAACAUAGCACGUGAGCUAGUUGAAGUGAAAAAAUAUGGCAAUAGGCGUGUGAAAGGAGAAAUUGUUGAUGAUUCUUAUUCCUGUUAUGAUCCUGAAAUCGGGAUUGAUAUUGAUGAUGCUGUUUUGGUGCAGUGCGAUGAAACUUUCCUAGAAAGGGGUGAGUCAGGUGUGCUGUUAUAUUUCCAUGAUGAAGAUGGUAGAAGAAUUCCUUUUUGUUAUGGUGUUGGUGCGUAUUUUUAUGAUGAGAUAUGCUACCCUGAGUAUGAGUACUUCUUAUGUUUCAAACUAGAUACAGCUUUAGAAAAGUUAUUUGGUGAAGAGAACUGUGGCUGUUUCCAUGAAUGUGCGAAUGAUGUUUGAUUGUAGCUAAAAAAUCUUCUUAUUUUUAAUUAUAUUUCAUUCAAUUAUAAAGCUAUCUAUAGCAUGUUGCAUGGUAGACUGCACUUCAUAUUAAAAGCAGUAAUAGAUAUCUCCUGAGUGAUUGAAAUCUAAAGCAAAUCAUUGAGUACUGGUUCAUACUGGUAAAGAAUAAAAACAAAAAAGCAAAUACUGUUUUUUGGAUGAAUUUGGGCGCAUUACGAGGCUAUGUUGAAGCGAUAGAGAGUAACAAAACGAUACAGAGUAACAGAGUUCGACUUUCGAAUUUUUACUAGAAACUACACAAUGCAAGUUUUUUAAAAAGCUAUAUAAAUAUUUUAAUUGCAUGAAUAAAAACGGGCUUGCUUCAUUUUA